AUGAGCGACCUAAUAAAAGUAUUUGAUAAUCCCAAUUUUAGCGUUGAAAAGUAUACCAAGCAACUGGUAAAGGAAUGUGUCGGGGGACCCGAUCUUCAGAAAAAGAAGAAGGAAAUCCAAUCAUAUAGCGACAAAACUUCUGCCACCCUGAAGAAAUCGGUAUAUGCCAACUACAUGCAAUUUAUUGAGACAGCCAAGGAAAUAUCAAAUCUGGAAUCGGAAAUGACUCAGUUAUCUCUGCUUUUGCAUGAGCAACACAAUAUAUUGGCUUCACUAACUGAUGGGGCUGUGACAAAGACCGGUGAUGACGAAAGGGAUACACAAACGCAGGAAGAAGCAGAAAAUAUGCAUGCGACAAGAGCAGUAAAGGAGAUGGUGCAAGGUUUCAAUGGCAAUUUAGAGGGCAAGACAUUCCUUUGCGAAGGCGCUCUAACAGAGUUGGACAGCAAUGACUAUCGUCCCAUUCAGAGGGUAUUUUUCUUUCUUUUCAAUGAUGUCCUGAUUGUUUGUAAAGUUAAACAUGACAAACGCCUCGAAUUUAUCGCUGAAUAUGAUCCUAAGAAAAUAGCUGUUAUUAAUAUCAAGGACCUUAACGGCGUAAAAAAUGCCAUAAAUAUAAUAACCCCAGAUGGAUCUAAGAUAUAUCAAAGUAUUACUCCAGCUGGCAAGAGCGAAUGGAUUGAACAAUUUGAAGUGGCAUUCAGAUGGGACCAACAGCAGAAGAAAUCUAAGAAAGGCCUGGCUCCGCAGCCACCGAAAGCAAAAGGUACCAGUACUCCGAAUUCGAACUGCGAGAAAUCAGCAGAUAUGAGUCCAAACGAAUUGGAGUCGGUUAUCGCAAAAGAUGAAGAAAAUGUGGGACCUGAUUGGAUACAGUCUGCCUCCGAUGAAAUUCAAACAUUUAUAGCACAACGACAUUUUGAAGAUGCCGAGGCAUUGAUUAGACGUUGUAAAGAGUUUCUUGUACAAAAUAAGAACUUUGUCGGAGUUGUUGAGAUUGAGGAGAAGAUCAAACAUUUGGAGAGGCAAUUGGCAGAUGUGUUGCUGCAAGAACUAUCAAAGUGCCAUGCACGCAAUCUGGAAGUCGCCUUACGGUCAUCUAAACGUUGUCUGCAAAUUCUUGUAAAUAUGGGCAAGGCUCGCCAAGCAAGUGGUACGCUUUUAAGGGUAUGCUCUAUAGCCUUGCGCACGGCACAAAGAGAGGCCCGCAAAAACAACGCCGAAAUAUCGGAAUUAUUCUUUUGUGAUUUAGCGCAGGUCGCAUGUGCCUUUUUGGUCUCAUUUGAAUCACAGCCUGCAUGCGUGAGUGCGCUGGUAGUAUGGUGCAAUGCAGAACUACAAUAUUUCGCCAGCCAACUAAAGAAACACUAUUUAACCAAAGGAAGUCACUUAGAGUCUAUUGCAAAGUGCGUUGAAGGAGUUCGUAAGCCAUGUGCUAAGCUAACAGAAAUUGGUUUAGAUCUCUCCUAUCACCUAGAAGGAUUGCUCCGAGCGGAUCUUGAAGAUUUGAUCAAUGAAUCCAGAUUAAGACUUUUAGAAACAAUAGGGCGCACGGAUGAUCCUUGGCAACCGUUCAAUUUACAUACAAAAUCUAACUUGAAACGUUUGCUGCUUGAUUUGGAAACACUGGGAAUUGAUAUACGCCCUCACACAACUGGGGAUACAUGGAUAAACUUAACCCAGUCCACUCUUAAUUUCACACGCCACUAUUUGCAAUUGACCAACCACUGCUCUUAUCUAGCGAAGAGCGAAGCGCUAUCAAAAUCAUGUCAGAUUCUAUUGAGAGAUUUGUUCAUUGCACAACAUUCCUUGAAACCGGAUAUCAAUAUGAGCGUAGAUCCAAAUUUCGUUGCGAAGAAUAAACGAUUUUUAUGUGAUGAACUUCUUCCAAUUGCUAUUGCCAAUUUUCGGCGUAUAAGUGGUAGUAAUCCCGACAUACUGUUUAAUAUUGGUGUAACUCGACAAAAUGCGGCCCCUAUUCCUAAAAAGCGCAGUGUCUACCAAACUGAUGUAUUUUAG